UUACAUUGUUUAUUUCAGGUAUUGACCUUUCUGAGAUUCCUUGCAAAAGGAGAUUACCUCUCAGAAACUUCCGAUAUUCACGGUAUAUCUAAGUCGUCUGGUUGCUUAAUCAUUAACCGUGUGAUGAAUUCCAUUUGUGACAACCUGAGGAACAUUGAGUUCCCCACCACUGUAGACGAUAUACGAAGAGUGAAGGCAGCAUUUCACAGAAUAUCGGGAUUUCCCAAUGUGGUUGGGGCUAUAGAUGGAACGCAGAUCCCUAUACAAGGAAUGUCAUCCGAUGAUGAGCACGUAUACAUAUGCCGGAAAGGAUUUCAUUCUAUAAAUGUACAAGGGGUUGUAAAUUCUGACUUAAGAUUUACAAAUGCUGUGUGCAAGUUUCCAGGAUCUACCCAUGAUGCAUAUAUCCUACAAAACAGUUUUUUACCAGAGAUUGUGUCAAAUCUAGAGGAUGGAGGCUGGUUGUUGGGAGAUUCUGGCUAUCCUUUAAAGGAGUGGCUAAUGACCCCUAUUAACCAUCCAGGACCGGGUCAAGAAGAACGGUACAAUUCAGCUCACUGUCGAACAAGAAAUGUUGUAGAAAGGGCAUUUGGUGUGCUGAAAGCCCGUUUCAGGUGCCUACAUAAGACAGGAGGCAGCCUACCAUACAAACCACAAAAGUGUGCCAGAAUUAUUGAAUGUGCCAUCCGUCUUCAUAAUUUGGCAAUUGAUAAUAAAGUGCCACUAAUGGAAGUAGUGGAGCCAGAGGUUGGAAAUGAUCCGUAUCUUGUGCCAAUAGACAACAACAUGACAGCUUCAGCUCUAAGAGACAGACUUGUCCAAAGAUUCUGAAUGUAAGUACCAGGUAUUUUUUUUGGAAA